CAGCCCCUCCCAGGAACCCCCACCCCAGGGUAUCCCCCCCCGGUCCCCUCACCCCGGGGGUCCCGGGCUGUGUCACCCCCGGGGGUCCCCAGUGUCGCCCCCUCCCCAGGGACCUGCGGGUUCGCUGUCCCGGGCCUGGCUGGCACCGAAGCCCCCAGGGGCUCUGGGCACCCCCUUGUCCCCGUCAUUGUCCCCCCAUCCCUGCUGUCCCCGAGGUGGUGGCAGUGCCCCCGGCCGUGUCCCCCGGCCCGCGGGGACACCGGGGGUGCCCCAGGGGCCCGCGGGCCCCCCCGCCCCGGCCGGUGGGCUGGUGGCACCGGCGGGGUCCCCGUGUCCCUCCGUCACCGGCACCGUCUCGUUCCAGGCUCAGCGAGGGCGUGCGAGGCUCCGAGGCCGCGGGCGGGAUGCGGGGUCCCGGCGCGUCGCUGUGCGCGCUGCUGUGCCUGGCGGUGGCGGUGCCGGUGGGCGGGGGUCGCCCCGUGCGGCUCGAGAGGGUCCGGGCGGACGCGCGGGCCCUGACCCGGACCCUGAGCACGCGCCUGCAGCAGCUCCAGCUGUUCCCGCUGACCCUGCGCAUCUCGGGCCUGGAGGGGGUCCCGGAGGGGGGGGUCCCGGACGGGGGGCCGCCCCCGGGGCUGGGCUGGGCGGCGCAGCGGCUCCAGCUGUUCCAGCGGCUGCUGGCGGCGCUGCCCGGGCCCGACGCGCGCCUGGCGCAGGUGAGCAACGACCUGGAGAACCUGCGCAGCCUGCUGGGCGUGCUGGGCGCGCUGCUGGGCUGCCCCGCGCCCCCCGCGCCCCCCGCGGCCCCCGGCCCGCACCCCGAGGCCCCGCACACGCUGGCCGGGGUGGCCCUGGCGCGGCUCCGCGGCUGCCUGGACGGCGUCGCCGCCCGCCUCGAGGGGGUCCCCGCGUGCUAGGGACCCCCGGG